ACAGAACGGAGUAAAAUGAGGUCGCAGUGAAUAAAUGAGUAGAAAGAUCCAAAAAUAGAUAUUUUACAAUUGCCUUUUUUGUGUUCUUCUUAAAAGUUCUCUAUAACACUUCAACUACUUUGAUUAAAAACGAGAAUGUAAUAAGUUAAAAUUGUUUUCUUUUUUUUCUUCUUUCAAUUAACCUUUUAAAGAGAAUAAAUAAUUAUAGUUUUCUUAUCUAUUUCUGUAAAUAAUUUUGUAGCUUCGUAUAUUUGCAAUUUAAUCUUUAUGGUAAAGGAAUAGGGAUCUUUCCUGUCUCUGAAAGCACGGCAUCAGGAAUGGAUUGUUGGGGUAAUAUUUCUCUUGUCCACAACUCUUCAAUAGCUCUAGUAACAUCGAUGUGGUACAGUGUAAAUCCCACUCAUAGUUAUCAGAAAUAUAACUCUUUAUCACGCCAAGAAUUUGAUAUAUGGUGGCAAGAGCUUGAAGACACUCUUAUAAAUAACUUAAACUUGCUACCCAUUCCUCCGAGUACGAAAAAUCUUCUUUUAAAUAUUGCUCAACCGAUUGGCAAAGAACUACAAAGAUGGUUGGAAUUUCACGCAUUUCUGGAAUUAGGGGACUUAAAACUAUCUGAGACACUGAUAUGGGAAUCACCCGGAACAAUAGAUUGGAAAACUACUGCCGAGAAAACUAUUUUAAACGAGAAUUUGUGUAUUCUAAACAGAUUUAGAUUGGCUUGCAUUAAUUGUUUAGACGUCCUAAUAAAUCAACUUUGGCCAGAAGUUCGUUUCUACUUUUAUGACGUUGAUAAUGAGCGUUUAAAUUGCGCUGAAGUACCAGAAAUAAUGUUUUGGGUGUGUCAUUUAGAAGAUAAAAUGGAAGAUAUGAUGGAAAUAAUGGAAUUCAGUGGACAUCACGAAUUUAUGCAGUCUGCCGCAUGGUCAGCAGUUAUAAACAAUAACGCCGUGGCAGCCAAAUAUUUUAUCGAGCAAUUAGAACCGCAAGACUUGUCUAAAGUCGUCAAGAACUCUUUAAACUACUUAAUUAUGAAGCGACUGGAUUGUAAUUCAAACUUACUGGCUUAUCUUUUAUCUAAUUUAAGUAAGACGGACCAAAACAUACUAUUCAUUGCACAAUCAGAAAAUAUGUUACUCCACUUUCUAAACUGGCCAUUGCAGAAUCUAUUUUUGGAACUCGUUGAUGAUCUUUGGAAAGCGUUGUCCCCCGUGGCUUACUACAAUAUCUUAGAGGAAGUAAUUCGUAAAGCUUCAGAAUUUCACCAUGGUCUAAUCUACAGAGAAAUAUUUCAAGAAUUUUGGGAGAAGGCUUCGUUGCGUUACAAAUGUUACGUCAUUCACAAAUGCAUCAAUGCUACAUUUCUGAGCAGGAUAUUUUCACUGAAGGAAACAGAUGAGUUUGUGGAAAGGAUAAUUAAGUAUUCAACUAUAGAACAGCGGAUGCAAAUACUUCUAGAGUUCAACGGUAUGCAAACUAUCGAUUAUUUGAUUAGCAAGCAAAGGUGGAAUUCAUUGAAAUCCUAUAUUAAAACUUGCAUCUCGGACGAUACAGAUAUCAAUAAAAUAAGAGGAGUCUACAGUGAACAUGUGAAUAGAAGUUCUUAUAUAACCAUAUCUGAUGUCGAUGUUAAGCAGUUUAAUGAAACUCUUGACAAUAUUUAUGAGUCUUAUACAAGUAUUAAUGUUAAAUGAUAUUGUUUUUAAAUUUUUUUUAUCUGCCAAAAAUGAGAAAUAAAUUUUAUUUAAACAAGAA